GUUGGUUACUACUACUUUGGUUCCCAACCCGCACCACGCCGCGCCCCCAACACCUCCCUACAAAAGCCUUCAACCGCAGCGGCAGCAGAUCGAUCGGCCACGCACGGCGCGCUCCCUCCUCUCCUCCCACCCCGCCACCGCCUACGCGCUGCUGCCCCGCGCUCCUGUAUACCCUAGCCAACUCCCGCCGCGCCCGCCACCGGAUGAAGGGCGCGUGGAGGCAGAGCGGCGUGGCGGCCGUGGUCGACCACCUCGGCGUCGGAGGCGGCGUUGCGGUGUACGUCGGGCGCGCGCGGCCCGCCAGGCUCUGCCUCUACAGCCUCGCGCUCGCCUUCGCAGCGUUCGCGGUCUUGCUCGCGUUCGCGCCAUCCCUCCCCGCGCCCGCGCCCUCGUCGCCGGCCGCGACGUGGUUCGACGGCCUGAUCGCCUCCGCGUCGCCCUACCGCGCGCAGGUCUCGGGCUUCCUCUCCUCCCUGUUCCCCACCAACUCCUCCACCCCGGGGCCUCCUGGCGGCGUCACGGCGAGGCGUGGCGGGCCGAGCGGUGGCGGGUUCGCGGAGAGGGGCUCGCAAACGGGAGGCAAUGGCUCCAUCGCGGUUCGGCCCGGUGAGCAGUUGGGAAGCGGAGACGAGGUCCCGAUCAGCAAUACGGGCGGAGCUCUCGACGGCGAUCGCGCUCCAGGCAACGCUACUGCCGCGGAGACAAGCGGCGUGCCGCCCAACGAUCGUGUGCCCGGCAGUGCAGAAGCCGAAAAUUCCACCGGGGGCACCGUUGCCGAGGCGAAGGGUGGGGCUGAACAUCCGAGCGGUGGUUCAGCCCAAAUUGGGGCUGCGGCGAAAGGAGGCGUGCCUGUUCGGAUCAACGGCUCCGACGCAAAUGCGAGUUCGGUGGAUGCCGAAGAUGGCAGAGCGGUGAAAGCCAGUGCAAGGAAUGCUGCCGGCUCCACGCACCAGCUAGGGAGUGGAACAGCGGCUUUAGGCAAUGGUACUGCUGUUCCAUUCAUUAAUCAGACUGGGAGUGCUGUUCCAUUCAUUAAUCAGACUGGGAGUGCUGUUCCAUUCAUUAAUCAGACUGGGAGUACAGUUACAGAGGCCAUGGGCGGUAAUGGAGCUGCGUCCCAGAGCAGUGGAGCUGCAGGCAAUAACCAGACCGUCCUAAUUCAGGCUCCUGCAGACAACCUGAAUCAUACUAGAAGUACUGAUGCUUCAGAUGGAAGCAACAGUGCAGCGAAUAAGCACGAGGAAGCAACUACUGGUCCUCAGGGGAGUGCUAGUUCGCUGAAAGAUCAUUCAGCAGAAGCAGUCCCCAGAAUAGCCAAUAACAACAGUGCUGCGCCGGUGAAAGAGGCUGCUAAUCCGGGCGGACGCAAGCAGGUUGAUUGGACUGAGAACAUGGCCAGCUGCGAUAUGUUCUACGGGAAUUGGGUCCAAGAUGAUUCGUACCCUCUCUACCCUGCGGGAUCAUGUCCUCACGUCGAUGAGUCGUUCAACUGCUACCGCAACGGCCGGCCUGACAAAGCUUACCAGAGGCUCCGGUGGCAACCCAGCGGAUGCAGAAUCCCAAGGUUAAAUCCGAUUGAUAUGUUGGAGAGGCUGAGGGGAAAGAGACUGGUGUUUGUCGGUGAUUCACUCAACAGGAACAUGUGGGAAUCCCUGGUUUGUAUCUUGAGGAAUUCUGUCGAAGACAAGAGGAAGGUGUUUGAGGUAUCCGGCAGGAGCCAAUUCAGGGUUGAGGGCUCUUACUCUUUCUUGUUCCAGGAAUACAACUGCAGUGUGGAGUUCUUCGUCUCCCCUUUCCUUGUUCAGGAAUGGGAGAUGCCAAUCAGAAAUGGGAAGGGUACCAGGGAAACUCUCAGGCUUGACAUGAUCAAUCGAGCGUCUCCAAGGUACAAGAAUGCAGAUAUCAUUAUCUUCAAUACUGGUCACUGGUGGACGCAUGACAAAACUGCUCUAGGGAAAGAUUACUAUCAAGAGGGCAACCGCGUGUAUAGUGAGCUGGAUGUCCAUGAUGCCUAUCGCAGAGCUCUCAACACCUGGGCCAAGUGGGUUGAUUCCAACGUAAAUCCCAAGAAAACCACUGUGUUUUUCAGAGGCUACUCAGCAUCCCAUUUCAGCGGGGGUCAAUGGAAUUCAGGUGGCAGUUGUGACAAGGAAACAGAGCCAAUAACGAAUGAGCAGUACCUCGAACCGUACCCAACAAAGAUGAGCAUUUUGGAGGAGGUGCUCCAUGGGAUGAAAACACCCGUUGUGUACCUGAACAUAACAAGGAUGACUGACUACAGGAAGGAGGCACACCCUUCAGUCUAUCGCAAGCAGAAGUUGACUGAGCAGGAAAAGAAGUCGCCUGAGGUAUAUCAGGACUGCAGCCACUGGUGCCUUCCUGGAGUACCGGACUCCUGGAACGAACUUCUCUACGCACAAAUGUUGGUCAAACAGCGUCAUACGAUACAACAAUAAAGGCAAGUGCGGACUUGUUCUUGUACAUGAACUGUUGUAGUAGUCAAAUAUCGAGUUUCCUAGGAUAAUAAUUCACACGAAUCGGUCAACGAAAGUUGAUAUAACUGAGAUCAAGGAUUUUGGAAUCCUUGCAUAGAGUAAAGCAAACAUUUAGUGAGAUCUCUAGUUCUAGAAAUCUGUAUAGGCUCAAUAGGAUUUUAUGAUGUAAACUUCAUGUCUAGCUAGCAGUAAUCAGAGGGGAAAAAAAAAAAGAGAAUAGGACAAUACAUGAGAUGGUAAAUGACGAUCUUCUUCUUUUUUAGACUUUUGUCUAUCUGUAUUGUAUUCUGAGUUCAGUUUUGGUGUACCGAAUAAUACGGAAAGUGGUUGCAAUCAA